AUGUCUAUGAAUUCAGAAGAACCCAAGUUGCCGAAUUACGGCGACAAGGAUGUUGAGGUCGUUGCUUAUUCCGCUCCCAUUGAUGAUACCGUGGAUUUUGAGGAAAAGAAGGAGUUGAAAGCUGGCGACCCUUGUUCCCCUCUCGGGGCUAUAGUUCACCAUGCCGAAUACUUCUUCGACCCAGCACUGUCCUUUGCCCAAGGAUGGAAUUACAUAUACUCCAACUGCGUCAGCCGGAAGGCUGAGGUCACGGCCAGUGCGGUGCUCAUUCAGUUCUGGACUACUAUCAGCAAUGGUCUUUGGAUCACGAUCCUUGGUGUAUUGCUCAUUAUUUCGAAUCUUCUCUUCGUCCGAGUUUACGGAGAACUCGAAUUCAGUUUUGCGAUUCUUAAGACGAUGCUCAUCGCUGGUCUAAUUGUCAUGGGCCUCGUUAUUGACCUGGGUAACAUAUUAGGCGGGGGUCCUCACCAUCACAGAUAUGGAUUCCAGUACUGGCGGAACCCAGGACCUUUCGUACAAUACCUCGCGCGUCUUUGGCGCGUAUUUAUUUUCUAUGUCCUCGGGAUAUUUAUCGUAGGAAUUAUUGUUCCUUCCAACGAUGAUAACCUGCUCGGAAGCUCUGGGGAUGCGUCACAGUCGCCGUUCGUCAUCGCUGCUAAUCGUGCGGGGAUAAAGGUCUCCGCUGGCAAUUUGAUCAUACUCAACGGUUCGCGUAAUCUCUACAGAAUUGCCUACGAAGGACGCGCACCCAAGAUCUUCCUUCGCGUAAGUCAGUUUGGCGUACCGUAUGUCGCUGUGACAUUCCUGUCAGUCUUCACUGCUCUCGGAUAUAUGACACUUCAAAAUUCUGCGUCCACUGUAUUUGCAUGGUUUCAGGAUCUUAUGUCUGCAGCCACAAUCGUACACUGGAUUAUCAUUUGCAUGGUGUAUCUCCGCUUCUACUGUGGAAUGAAGAAACAAGGCAUUUCAAGGGACGAACUGCCAUGGAAGUCUCCAUUACAGCCGUACACAGCAUGGCUCGGCUUCAUCUCGUUCAGUAUCAUAUUGCUCACCGGGGGACAUGCUGUAUUUUUUUCUUCCUACCGCAGUAUCCCCCUCAUCUUCGUCCUCUGCUUUGGCUACAAGUUUUGGAUGAAGUCGAAGCUCGUUCCUUUGGAUGAGAUGCCGAUCCGGAAGUACAUAGAUGUUGCAAGGGAAAAUCCGGAGCCACCCAGGAUUCCAGUCAAGGGAUGGAAGCGCAUCAGCAUUCUGUGGAGUUGAUUGUCUUUUCUCUUUGGUAUACAUAUUCGUUGGGUUACUAUUUAUGGAUUAAGCACGACUCGCGCUC